AUGACAAUUAACAUCACCAUUGAUCAUAUCCUUCAAGCAGCAGAGCGUAUCAAUGUACACCGUACCCCUGUGCAAUCAAGCACUGCCAUCAAUACCUUGGCAUCCGUGGAGGAUCACCCAGUUGAGGUGUUCUUCAAGUGUGAAUUGCUACAGAAAACUGGAUCAUUCAAGUUUAGAGGCGCUAGUAACGCUGUUGCUCUUUUGACGGAUCAAGAGGCUGCAAAUGGAGUUGUUGCCCAUUCCAGUGGUAAUCAUGCUCAAGCAAUUGCUUUGGCUGCUAGGAGUAGAGGUAUUCCUGCCUACGUUGUGAUGCCAACAACCACACCAGAAAUCAAAAAGAUUGCAGUCCGAGGAUACGGAGCUCAUGUGGUGGAAUGUGAGCCUUUUCAAUCUGCUCGUGAAGCAGCCGCUGAAAAGCUUAGAGUGGAGAAAAACGCCUUUUUCAUUCAUCCAUUCAACAAUCCCAAUGUCAUUGCAGGUCAAGGCACCAUUGCGCUUGAGCUUCUCUCCCAGGUCGAGGAUUUGGAUGCCAUCUUGGUGCAAGUGGGCGGUGGAGGCAUGUUGACUGGAUGUGCUAUUGCUGCAAAAUCCUUGAAGCCCGAUAUCAAAGUAUUUGCUGCAGAACCUGAAUUGGUCAACGAUUGUUACAGAACGUUUAAAUCCAAGCAACGCUUAACCAAUGCCGCUUCAGUGUCUGUAGCCGAUGGAUUAUUAACAAAUUUGGGAGAUAUUCCCUAUUCUGAAAUCUUCAAGCAUGUGGAUGAUGUGUUUACGGCAUCUGAAAAGGAAAUUAUCAAUGCCAUGGAGUUGAUGUGGGGCCGUACAAAGCUUUGUGUGGAAGCAAGUGGCGCUGUAGGUGUUGCUGUCACUCUCUAUAACCAGGACUUCAGACGUAUGGUUAGGGAACAGGGCAUUAAACGCAUUGGCGUUGUUCUUUCUGGCGGAAAUGUGGAUUUUGUGAACGCCACAGCAUUAUUUGAGAAAUACAGAGAUUAG